AUGUUCCCAUACAGCGGCCAGGGAAACAAAGACGGGCGAGUGAGAGAAGACGGGACGAAGAUGUACGGCGAUUACGAGGCUCAAAGGUUGACACUGGAUGGAGAUCACGCUGCAUCUUCCGGCUCAAGAUUGGUACAGAGAAACCAGAGACAACGAUCUCAUGUCGAUAAAUCUCGAGGAUAUGAAACAGCAGCUUCCAAGAUCAGAAUGAGGACGAUUGUCUUGUUGUUUGACCUUCUCGUGUUCUACACCGGCAUGUUUUCCGUUGCAAGAUCGCUGUACAAGCAUUCAAGCAGCUCCAAAAGAGUUUGUCUCCUGCUGGGUCUUGGGCUGACCGCCUGGUCGAUCGCCUUCCUAGUGAGCGGGGAGGAGAAGAAGAGGAGGAGCAAGUCGGGAUCGCAGAUCACCUCCGACGACAUGCUCGGAAGUGCCCUGUUCUGUUGCUCACUUUGCUUCAAGCAGAUCGCCCUCUACUACUCACCCGCCAUGUUCUUCUACCUUCUCGGAAGGUGUCUCCAGUCAAAGAGGCUGCACACUAUUGCCUUUGACAUCGCAAAACUUGGAGCUACGGUCAUCGUCACCUUUGCUAUCUGCUUCUUCCCGUGGGUCUUGUCGGUCGAGAGCACCUUACAAGUCAUACACAGGAUCUUCCCCAUCAAGAGAGGGCUGUUCGAAGACAAAGUUGCCAAUUUUUGGUCCAUGAGAAAUCGAUUCUCUUUCCUCUCCUCCCUCUCCAUCUGGUAUCGCAUCAAUCCGACCUCAACGCCAAGUGCUUGA